GUGCUUGGCCGUUCACUUAUCCAUGGCCCUAAAUAUCCAUGUCGAUUGGAUUGAAUUGGAUCCAUGAACUGUACUGACUGGUGCUGUUUGUACUGUAGCAUGUACCUAUCUAUGUAGCUUGUCGGGCCACCACUGAAUUGGUCAAGUCAGGUCUAGACUGGACUCGCUUCUGCUCGUUCGCCAUCUUUCUCUCGUUCAAACCUCACCACCACCACUCGCUUCUUCCCCCCCUAAUCAUCUCCGCUUCCUUAACUUUUUUACUGUUGCGUUUCUGUCGUUGACGUUAGCCGCCUGUCAAGUCUUAUUCAAUAAGUCUGUCUCUGCCCAUCGAAAAGAGAGACUCUGAGUCGAUACGAGACGACUAAGACUGAGCCUCUAUCGUCUUACCUUCUAUACAUACAUUACAUACUUUCACUCUCGCUCUCGCCUUUGCCCGACCGUCUUGUUCCGGCUUUAACCAGCCACUUUUUACUCCUAAUACAAAUCGUCUUUCGUUUCUGGAGAUCAUAAUUUAUCCGCAUCCAUCAUACGCAUCUUGUUUGCUUGACACCGUUCGGUUCGAAUACCCUCGCUAUCGUUAUCAAACGCCGCAUCAACGCACGACCUGCAGUCUUUGUUCCACAUCUUCGUUUCGUUUUCAUAUUACCAGGCUCAAAACGCCGCCGUAUAUCGAUCACUAAAACAGUACCAACAACUUCAGCUCAGCUCGGACCGUUCCGAGUCUCUUUUAUGGGUUGUAUCUGAUCCCAAACCGAUAUUCUAUUAUUAUACCUUCUACAUGCCUAGAUUUGGUGUUGCGUUUAACAGGCGGAAGUCAACCGCAACCUCGGAGGAUUUUCAGCAUGCUUCAGUAACACCAGAGCAAUCGUCAUUCCGAGUUAUUGAGCGCAGCGACCCUGCGCUCGGCAAAUCAUUUGACGGAGGCGCCAGAAUGGCCAGGAACUCUGGUCAUCACAUUCCUAAGCCUAGUCACCUGGAACUCGAGACUGAAGAUAACAUGUUUGCCGACCUCAAGAGUGGCAACAGGUGAGUUUUUCCCUCGAUCCCCCGCCUCCUCCCUCCUCUGCCUGUGUGACUCGCCAAGGAAUGUUGCACGGCUGCCGUUGGUUCUGGAAAGAUAAAAAUAACACAUCCUAAGUCAUGCAUCAUGGCGCUGACUCCUUUCCAGGGGAAGUGGGGCCUCUAAUACGACCAAGGCCACAUCAACUGAUACCUCAUCAAGGCACAGCAAUGCCUCAACUGCUCCGUCUUCUACGAAUCUCGAGAGCCAAGACGAUCCCAAACAUUCGCAUUCACAGAAGAAGAACUUGCACGAGAUCGCUCCUCGACCUGGUGUAAAAUCCAGCGGGUCCGGGUUUCUGAACCGAGCGGGUCGAACAUUUUCUUUUGGGGUUCAGAAAAAACAUAGCGCGUCCUCCCCAAAGAUUGACAAUAACGAAAUCCCUCCCGUUCCAGCCAUUCAACAGGAUGCUUUUGGUGGAAGAUCUAGAGGCUUGACCGAAUCGACAACCAGCACUGCUACACCGCCAAAGUUAGAGAUGGAGAAUGGGGGCAUAGAUAUGGGAGGUGAUUUCGGCUCCAUGUUCUCGUCCUUCGACAAGAGAGCGAGCGUCGCUACCAUGAGGGCUGACGGUUCCGCGGCUCCUCGCUCACUUACCAAUAACCGAUCCAUCCAGCCGCCCCCUCUGAGUAUCAACAAGAUCACCAAAGUUGAGCCUGGCCCUGAGUCGUGGCACAGCCGCAACGAAGACGACAAUCUUCUCGGAUCUCAGCCUGGGACCCCUGAGCUCGAUGAUAUGCCACCCCCUGUUCCGCGCCACCAGAGUUCCUUCAAGACGUCAAACCGGCCGUCCGAUAUCAUUGAGGAUGAAGACGCAAAGUUGCUACAGGAUUCCAUCGCUGUCGGAAGGUUGCUUUCCGAGUCCAGUAGCUCCAACCCCCCUUCCGGCCGUUACCGACGAAACGAAGAUUCCUUCUCAUCGUUCGAGAGGAAGCCUCUCAACAGCAGCUUCAACAGAGGAGACGACAAUUUGUUCGAAGGAACUUCCGCUCACUCUUCGCGCAUCACCAACCGUUUCAGUUCUCGAGCUCCUAGCCCACCACGGAACAACAAGGUCAUGACCCCGGCCCAGUUCGAAAGAUAUCGAAAAGACAAGGAGCGUCACGACUCGAGUGAUGGAGUGAUGCAGUCAGCCCCCAACGAUGACGAUGACGAUGAAAUCAAUUAUGAUGAUGAUGAGGACGAGAUCGAGAAGUCGAAGCAGCAAGCAAAGCAGAGGAGAAAGCAGGAGGCUCAUAUGGCAGUCUAUCGACAGCAGAUGAUGAAAGUCACUGGAGAGCAGCCUGAUAUGCAAUCGCAUGAAAGGCCCGGGCUGGCCAGCUCGAUGAGUGCACCCCAACUUCACCUCAUGAAGACACCAUCUCCCGGACCCCCGGCAGGUGCUUCUGACGAGGAUGACGACGAGGAGGUUCCUUUGGCCAUUCUGCAGGCUCAUGGCUUCCCCAGCAAGAACCGACCACCCGCUAGACUCAGCACCAUGGGCUCCAACCCCAACCUGCGAGCAUCAACCCAGCUGGCGCCCCCAAGACCCGGCUCAGCGAUGGGCGAGAGCAGCAGUCAAAACCAGCGCCAUUCGAUGCUGCCUGCAUUCGCCCGCGGUCUUCCUCAGGACCCUUUUGUUGGUGCAGGUAUCGCAAAGCCUGCUAUGCGGGAGUCGCUUACUUUCAGUGGCGGCCUUCCUGCCUCAGAGUCCCAGCAAUCCUUACCCCCUGGGGGGUUGGUUGGCGUGAUCGCCAGUGAAGAACGUUCAAGAGCUAUGCGCCGCGGCGGUCCAAACGCAAAUGGCCAGAAGUUCGUUCCUGGCAUGAAUGGGCCCCAAGGACCUCCUUUCGACAACAUGCCCCAAGGCGUCCCGAACGGCAUGGGCGGCAUGUACAAUAUGCCAGGUAUGGGCAUGUCUCAACAACAGAUGCCUAUGCCCAUGGCGCCACCACAGCUCACUGUGGGAGACCAGGCACAGCUUCAAAUGACACAGCAGAUGUCACAGUUCAUGCAGAUGCAAAUGCAGUUUAUGCAAAUGAUGGCUACCAACAACCACCAGCAGCAGCAGCAACCCGGGAUGAUGCCAAUGAUGCAAACUUAUGGAGGACUCUCUGCCACACAAUCUAUGAACGACCUCUCUUCUCGCCACUCAAUGAUGCUUGAGCCAGCUUUAGAGCCUCCCCGCCGUAUGGACGCCGGAAUGCGUACCAUGAGCAUGGUAGCGCCACCCUCAGGCGCUCCCUUCCUGCCACCACCCGGCGGAUACGCUGGUUCGAUUCACGGCAUGGCCCCUAUGGGAUACACUCCGUCAAUCGCACCAUCCGAGCGAAGCAACAUCGGUCUUCCCGGCCGAUAUCGCCCAGUAUCCCAAAUGCCGGCUGCUGCAGCCCCCGAUCCCCACCGACGAACCAACACCAUGUCUGGAGCGCUGGGUCGCUGGGAUGACCCCAAGGGAAAGUCUACUAUUAACGUUGUAAGCGCCACAGGCGACGGUUCAGAUGAUGACGACGAGGAAGGGUGGGAGGCGAUGAAGGCCAAGCGAGACAAGAAGCGCAGCAUGUGGAAGUCAAAGAAGGGACUGGGAAGCGAUUUUGGAGCCAUGAUAUAA